AUGAACAUAAAAUCAUUCGAUAUGUACCGCAAGCUCCCAUCUGAUUUAACCUAAUCAACCACAUCAGGGGCUGUAGUAUCAAUAAUAUGUGGCAUAAUAGUCCUAAUAUUAUUCAUAAGUGAAUUACGUAGUUUUUUAGCCAUCGAAGAAACCAGCGAAAUGUUCAUAGAUAUAGUCCGUGGUGGUUAAAAAAUAAAGGUAAACCUCGACAUAGACUUCCCUAAAUUUCCCUGCGACAUCCUUUCUUUGGAUAUGUAAGAUAUAAUGGGUUCCCAUACAGUAAAUAUAGAAGGCACAAUAAACAAAAGGAGAAUUUCAAGUGAUGGUAAUUAUUUUGAUUUAUUAAAAGCGGGAGCCGAUGAUUCUGAAUUCAAUUUAUAAAGAGCAACUCAAGCCUAUAUGGAUAAAGAAGGAUGUAAUAUUUCCGGUACAAUGCUCGUGAAUAAGGUUCCAGGAAAUUUCCAUAUUUCUUCUCAUGCCUAUGGCCAUGUUUUAGGUUAAGUGCUUUCCAAUGCUGGUAAAAAUACUAUUGAUUUAUCCCAUAAAGUGAAGCAUUUAUCUUUUGGGGAUGAAUUCGAUCUAAAAAAUAUUAAAAGAUAAUUUUCUUAAGGACUAUUGCAUCCGAUGGAUAAUAAAUAAAAAGAUAAGCCUCAAAACAUUUUAAAUGGGAUUACUUAUUAAUAUUAUAUUAAUAUUGUCCCUACUACUUAUGUAGAUACAGGGAAUAAAAAUUAUCAUGUAUAUUAGUUUACAUAUAAUUCUAAUGAAUAAAUUAACAAUCAUUUACCUACAGUGUAUUAUAGAUAUGAUCUUUCGCCUGUUACAGUUAAGUUUUCAAUGCAAAAAGAGUCUUUUUUACAUUUCUUAGUAUAAAUUUGUGCCAUUAUUGGGGGAAUUUUCACUGUGGCUAGUAUAGUGGAUUCUAUUGUUUAUAGGGCUGUUCUUAAUAUUUUGAAAAGAGAUGCCUCGGGAACUAUUGCUUGA